AUGACCUCACCAAAGAAACCUAUCCUUAUCAUAGGUGCUGGCAUUGCUGGACUGGCUUUCGCUCAAGGCUUAAGAAAGAAAGGCAUUCCUUUUCUUAUCCUCGAACGUGACGCGUCUGCUUCAAGCCGCUCACAGGGUUGGGCACUUACCAUACACUUUGCCCUUCCGUAUCUUUUAGAGUUUCUUCCAGAUGACAUCGCCAGUCGUUUACACACUGUCAAGGUCGAUCCAAUCGUUCAGCAAGAUCAGAGCCACUCUGUGUUUCUGAACCUAGAUGAUUGCUCUGUUAAAUGGCGCCUACCGCCAACUUAUGGAAACCGUAUGCGAGUCGUACGUGUACGACUUCGUAGUUUGCUCAUGGAAGGUUUGGAAGAGCAUAUUCUAUGGGGGAAAAAGUUGCAAUCUUUCGAAACGUCUUCCAAUCGUGUGCAGGCCUACUUCGAAGACGGGACCUGCUAUGAUGGGGAGCUUCUUGUUGGGAUCGAUGGAAGCCAUUCUCAUGUCCGGGCGUUGACAUAUGGGCCGGAACUAUCGCGCCCAACGCCUGUUCCCGCUUGUUUCCUAGGUACGGAGGCUCUAGCGACGGAGAAGCAAAUGGAGCCAUUGCUAGAGCUAGAAAAGACCGUCAUUCAAGGCUGCCACCCCAUAACCCCCGCCUGGAUGUGGUUCUCAGUUAUGGAGCGACCAGAAAUGAGAAAGUCCAUGGGAGAGGAACCUUUGUGGCGCGUACAAAUCUGCCUCUCUUGGUUGUCGUCAGUUGGGCUGUCGGAGAUCCCCAAGACCAACAGGGAGCGCGUCGAGCUGAUGAGAGAAAAGUCCAGUACUUUCCAUCCGAUUUUCAGGAACAUCUUCCAACGCAUCCUGUCUUUGGAUCACGAAGAUAUCAUCAAUGUACCCUUGGAAGUGUGGUGGUUGCCCCAGGGUGCGAAACCGCACCAUUGCAACAGUCGAGUUCUACUGGCCGGCGACGCCGCACACACUAUGCCAUUGUACCGCGGAGAAGGAUUCAACCAUGCGCUCAUGGACGUGCAUCACUUGCUGCUAUCAAUUGAAGAAUUGUAUACGGAGCCCAGCCGUCGGAAUGCGAUCAUUGUGGAUUAUGAGGAGGAUGUCCGGACCCGAGGCCUGCGGGCUGCUUGUCCUGCCCACAUUGUUCAUACCCGCGGGAGUAGCGGAAUCGAUAUGGACGUGAUUUGGAACCUCCCAAACGCUGUUCAUGCGAUUGCAUUACUUGUCGCAAUUGCCAUUAGCAGUCACGCCAGCGCCUCUAUCUUCAACUGGUUGCGCCGUUCCGAUCUUCGACAACUUCACACUGCGUUUCCCCAACGGUACGAAGACGAAGAUGGCGAGGCUUCUGUCGAGUCAACACAAGCCUUUGCAGAUCGUCUCCAGCGGAUUGCAUUCACCUGCAGUGUCUCCAUCGGCAGCACGACCGCAUUUGCUCGCUAUAUACUGAUACUCGAUUCUGGAAUCACAUUCGGCCAGACGGUUCAGGUUGGCAUAUGGUUGUGUCUCAUGCUACAAUCUUUAACGCUUCUUGUUGAACCAUCCGCCCCUUGUCGGUUCUCCAUCGCUCUGCAGGGCAGUGCCAAUUGUAUAAUCGUUCUAAUUACAUUGUUCUUUGACUCUAAAACCAGCAGCAAUGACUUGCUCAACCUGAACCAAAGAGACCGCCUACUUCUAGUCGUAGAAUUUGUAUCGGCUGGCCUGGCUUGCUUCAAUGGUGUUUUGUUACCGCGUCGGCCUGACGUUUUCUGGAAAGGCUCUCUGGUUGAUCGACAAUAUACGAUUUCUUGGUUCUUUCGAUCAUCGUUUUCCUGGGUUUGGUCUGCCCUGCAAGCAGUCUCUGGCGGUCGUACCUUCGGUGUCGAUGACUUGCCCGAACUGAGUCAUGAAUCACGUUCCUCGCACCUCUUUGAACGCUUCCAGCAUGACGGUGCUUCGAUGGAUCGUAAAUCUCCACUCUGGAAGACGUUGGCCUACUCGUAUCGCCAUGAGUUCCUAGUACAGUUGGUGCUUACUGCGAUCGGGUCGGUGUUAAGCUUCGCCCCUAAUAUUAUGUUGUUGGGCAUUCUACAUACAAUGGAGAACGAAGGAAAAGACGAUAAUAGGCUAGUAACCCUUGCCCCUUGGGCGUGUGGACUAGGCUUUACCAUGGCACUUACAGCCUGCAUUGGACAAUGGAACAUCUGGCUCUCGACCAUGGAUCUUGGACUGAAGAUGCAGAGCCAGCUCAUCAUGGUGCUAUUCGACAAAUUGUUGCGAAGUCGAGGUUUGACCCCACAGCCUCAGGACAAACAAGAGGAGGACGCAAAACCAAGCAACUCGACUGCAACAGGUCACAACAUUGUCAACUUGGUCUCAACGGAUGUGCAACAAAUCUCAAAUUGCGUGCGUGGAAUAUAUCGCGGCUACGAAGCGCUAGUUAAACUCAUCGUUGCGGGUUUCUUAAUUGAACGCUUGAUGGAUUAUCAAAGCCUUGUUGCGGGUUCUGUAUUCGCCAUGCUGCUGUUUACGACCAAUGCGUUCAUCGCAAGGUUGCAGUCUCGCAGCCAAAGCGCCUUAAUGGCUCGUAAAGAUUCUCGUAUGACUGUUGUUGCUGAAGUCAUACAAGCAGUCCGCCAGAUCAAAUUUUCCGGCUGGGAGGAUGUAUGGGAGUCAACAGUACUACAAAAGCGGAAGGUAGAGUUGGAUGCGCAAUGGAUCGUCAAUCAAUGGACCAUUGCUGCACAAGCCAUUUACACUUUUGGUCCUAUCCUAAUCUCCGUUGUGGUUAUCGCAACGCAUGUCUACAUCAGUGGGGACUUGAAAGCAUCAACUGCCUUUACCGUUUUGUCAGUGUUGAACGCAGUUGAAGGUUCACUGGGUACAAUCCCCGAAAUACAAUCUGCGUGGCUUGGCGCCUCAAUCAGCCUUAAGCGCUUACAAAGUUAUCUUUCGACAUCCGAAAGGCAGUUUUCAUCGAUUCAUAGUGAUCAAAUCAUUUUCGAGAAGGUCACCAUUCGCUGGCCUGGAGUCGCUUCAGAUGGCUUUCAACUUUCCGACCUAACGCUUCACUUUCCACCACACGCUAUAAGCGUCAUCGAAGGACCAUCGCGGUCUGGGAAAAGCCUGCUUCUCGCUGCCAUCCUAGGGGAAUGUGACAUAAUUCAUGGCACACUCGAAAAGCCUUCUUGCCUUUACGACCCACAUGUCAACACCGUGCAAUGUUGGCUGGUCGAUUUUGCUAUUGCCUACGUCGCGCAGACGCCAUGGAUCGAGAACGCAACCAUAACUGAAAACAUCCUGUUCGGGCUCCCCAUGAACUUGGAGAGAUACAACCAAGUCUUGCAAGCAUGCGCAUUGCCCAAGGAUUUGGCAAACUUUGCCGAAGGUGAUCGCACAGAAAUUGGUCCCAAGGGAGUCAAUGUGAGUGGCGGCCAGCGAUCUCGGAUUGCACUUGCACGCGCGCUCUACUCCCGUGCAAGCAUUUUGGUUAUGGAUGACAUCUACAGUGCUGUGGAUUCACACACAGCUCAACAUUUGUGUAAGUACGUACUAAAUGGUCCUCUUGUGAAAGGUCGAACCGUCAUCUUAGUCACACAUCAUCUCGGUCUGUGUGCACCAUUUGCGGAUUACGUUGUUUCUCUCGCGAGCGAUGGUACAUGUGUGGCUGCUGCUUCUGUGAAGAGACCACAGUGUGUAGAUCCAAUCGAUGUUUCGCAUGAUCAAGAGCAGGUACAUUUGGAAAUUGAAGAGCAGAUAUGGGAGACGGGUAUCACAGACAGAGAGGUCGACAUCAAUUUGUCAGAUUCAUCAACCUCGUCAUCUGUUACGAGGCACGAAGAUGUCUCAACUUCCCGCAAAUAUGUGGUCGUCGAAGACCAACGGACACAAGGUUCGCAUCACCGGGUUCUGUUGCAAUACCUAGGCCAGAUUGGAAACGCUUGGUUUGGCAUCCUGAUCUUGCUCAUCUAUGUCGUAUUUAUCGGCUUCGUAACUGGAAAGUCGUGGUGGAUUGCUCGUUGGGCUCAUCAAAACGAAAUAAACUCACGCAUGUUCAUCGCAUCUGUUGCAGACGAUGGUCUCACAUGGAACUUGAGCAUCUAUGCAGGGAUUUCGGUACUAGCUUGCGUCGCAGGUACCACGCGUUACUACCUAACACUAUCAUCGGCGAUAGGGCUUUCACGAAAAGCAUUCGCGUCACUACUACACUCCGUCCUAUAUGCACCACUAGACUUCCUUGAUCGUACCCCACCUGGCCGGAUGCAGAACCGUUUCUCGGGCGAUAUCGCUGUUCUCGACAGUCAGAUAAGCCAAAUCUUCAGUCUUGCCUUAACCAGCGCCCUAGAACUAGUCUCUAUCCUCGUUGUGGGUACGAUGGCUAGUUGGUGGAUAUUGCCAGUAUCCAUCAUCAUGCUUGUUUUAUGCGGUCACGCCUCUUACCGUGUUUACGGACUGGUUCGAAUUUUGAAGCAUCUUGACAGUAGCACCCGAAGCCCAAUAUUGGAGCGAUUCAGUUCUACCAUUGAUGGUUUACCAACAAUCCGUGCGCUUGGGGUCAAAGAAAACUAUCGCAACAAACUUGCCACUGAAAUCGAUGACAAUAUCCGCGCGCUUUGGAACCUUUGGCUUCUCAAUAGCUGGUUCGGCUAUCGGAUGGCACUUAUUGGCGCGACUUUUGCAACAGUGGCGACCUUUGCCAUCAUAUCUGUACCCAGUAUCACCGUUGCUAUGACAGGAUUUGCCCUCAGCUACCUCAUUCGCUACGCUCUUGUUGCAUCGACAUUCAUUCGAGGCUACGUCAAUCUAGAAGCGGCCUCGAUCAGCAUUGACCGAGUAUUUGAGUAUAUACAAGUUCCCAGCGAAAGGUAUGACGGCCGCAUGGUGCCUGCGGCCUGGCCGGAGCAGGGUCGCCUUGAUGUUUCUCAUCUUGUUGUGAGGUACUCACAACAUUUACCGCCGGCUUUGAAUGGUAUUAGCUUUCAGCUCUUGCCUAAUCAACGCAUUGGUGUAGUUGGGCGUACAGGCGCGGGAAAGUCGUCACUUGCCAUGGCCCUGCUCAGAUUCCUCGAAGCUGAACAAGGCAGUAUUAUGCUCGACGGUAUAGACAUCUCUACGGUGCCGCUGCGGCAGCUUCGCCAGCGGCUCGUCAUGAUUCCGCAAGAUCCUCAACUUUUCUCGGGUACAAUACGGACGAACCUAGAUCCUUACAACGAGUUUGACGAUACGGAGCUGCUGGAUGCGCUAAGAUGUGUCCAUUGGACACCCGCGAAGACCCAAAACGAGGAAGAAUUACUCCUUUCUAACGUAGACUUUCAGCCUGGCUCGUCGACGACGACUACGAGCGAUCUAAACAAUAACUCACUGGAUCACACCACAUCGCCUUUAGACCAGGAGGUCGCAGAUGGCGGCUGCAAUCUCUCAAAAGGUCAACGACAGCAGAUUUGCCUCGCGCGGGCCAUUGCAUCAAGACCUAAGGUUCUUGUCAUGGACGAAGCAACAUCGUCAAUAGAUCACCAGACUGACUCUUUGAUUCAAAAGUCUAUUCGGGAGUCCUUUGGGCGCGGCUUCACUUCCCUGCUAGUGAUAGCCCAUCGCGUUAGCACAGUAAUGGAUUUUGAUCGCAUUCUUGUUUUGGACAAAGGGCAAGUAAUAGAGUUUGGAUCACCUGAGUCUUUGAUGCAGCGAGUCGAUGGGCAUUUCUAUACGCUUGUGAAAGAUUCGAGCUAA